CACAAUUCGAAACUAGUGUGAAGGGGGCCUUUUCAAUGUAAACAAACCAGCAGCGUUGCCAGACGCUGCGCCGACAAACUAGUGGCCACUCUGCCUUCUAUUUACUAACAAAAUUACCUGUUCUUGGCCGCACUUGCAAAUCAAUUAGGCCAUAAAUGGCAUUGCAAUAAAUAAGUGUGCACUAACUAAUGACCCAUCGAUAAACGGGGUUGUUAAGUACCGCGAAGAGAAGAAUAGCAAACAGCUGGCGCAGACGGAGACGGAGACACAUUCCGAUGCACUUUCUCCCGAAGAAAACCCGUCGAGCGGCUUAUUUGACAUCCAUUUCGAUAUCAAUACAGAGAAAUAGAGAGAAAUAGCGAGAAAUAGAGGCCACAGCACCAGCCACCUGUGUAGCGACAACCACCGCUGAGCUGCAACAACAACGAAAAGCUGAUUGCCAUCGUCUUGGCCAUUUUAUUGGGCAUUAUAGCCGCAGUCAGUCACAUACCGCCCGUUCUCGAGUUCGCCACGAUUUCUUAAACUGUUUGCGUUUGCAGAGCACAACACUCCAAAGAAUUCAUAAUUUGCAUAUCUAGAACCCGAGAGAUAUAUACAGAGAUUCCGACUGGGCGUAGCAUGUUCAGCGAACUGAGUCAGCCGCCUUGAAAUUUUGUGCUUAAACAAAACAGGAUGGCUUCAAUUGUGGAGAAAGUGCGUCGCAUUUUGGAUUCAAAAGAUCUGGGCGAUAUCACCACGGAACUCUGUGACUUUUCUCUAAAGGAACAGAAUGCCACCGCUGAGGCCCAGGGAGUACAGCCCUCAUCCGCAUCCGAUUUUGUGCCCAUUCUUGGCCAGACAGUCACCUAUAUUGUGGCCUGUGUGUUGAUCAACGAGCACGAUGAGCUGCUUAUGAUCGAGGAGGCCAAACAGAGCUGUGCCGGCAAGUGGUACUUACCUGCCGGUCGCAUGGAAAGAGGCGAAUCCAUUACGGAGGCAGCCGCCCGGGAAGUUUUCGAAGAGACUGGUCUGAAUGCCGAGCUGACCACUUUAUUAGCGGUAGAGGCCGCCGGUGGCUCUUGGUUCCGCUUUGUGCUCACUGGACGCAUCACCGGCGGGCGACUCAAAACUCCUGCGGAUGCAGACGCCGAAUCCAUUCAGGCAAGAUGGGUGCGUAAUCCCAAGGAAGUACCUCUUCGAGCCAACGACAUUCUCAGUAUAAUUGAGAUUGGAAGAGCCUAUCAUCAGGGGCAAAAGAUUGUUAUUAGCCCUUCACCCUGGCAUGGGAGCAUACUGCCCACACGCUUCUCCCACAAACGAAACUAUCUGCGGGUUCUAGCUGUAGCCAGAAAGCGAGCACACAACUCCAUGAACAUCCUGAUCAGCGAAAAGAAUGCCCACCAUUUCCCCACGGUGGAACUACAUCCUAAUCGCAGCCUGCACUCUACUCUGCGCAAAUUUAUGAUUGAGAUUUUUGGCGCGGAGCUGCCACAGCAUCGACCACAUGGCUUACUUAGCGUGGAACACUUGCCGUCGGAGCAGGAGAACACCGAUGGAAUAUGCCUAAAUCUACUGGUGGCUUUCCGGCCGCCACUCGAGGAAAUCUCGCUGAUCGGCAAAUGCAUUUGGCAAGAACUGGGUGCACCACUUGACGAGAUGCUGGGACGCAUUGUCAGCAGCAAGAACGCAUCCAUUCCGCUGAACGUGGUGCGCUGAAGGCCUUAAACUAAAGUAAUCUGUCCUUAUUUAUGGUGCAAGCAAUCUAUCCGUUGUUAGUUGCAAUUAAAGAUAGCUGAUGUCUGCUAUAUGUCUGACUGUAAGGCAAAUUUAA